GGUCUCCUUCGCGUCGAGUACUUAUCCAUCCCAGCUGCCCCUACUAGCCUAGCCUCCCGUGGUGCCAAACUCCAAUUUGUGUUCGCUUUUUUCCGUCAUUCCGCGCAGCAUCUUGUGACCCGAAUAAUGUCCGUUUCUGAAUUAGCUGUGUCUACUACCAGAUUGGUGAAUAUUUGGGUAGAAGAGGCAUCUUUUUUCUCCGCGACUGAAUGCCGGGUAUCUGAUUGAUCUCCGGUAAUUUGAUGGACAGCCAUAAUUCAUCUACGCCCCAUGUUCCUGAAGUAACCAUGGACAUCUCAUCCGCUUCUGGAGCAGCUGGGAACAAAAUUUGCAGAGGUGCUGCUUGCGACUUUUCUGAUGUCAGUAACACCUCCAAAGAUUCAAAGGAAAGGUCUGCAUCCAUGAAGAAGCUCCUAAUUGCUGUGAUCCUUUGUGUUAUAUUCAUGGCGGUUGAAGUGGUUGGAGGCAUCAAAGCAAACAGUCUUGCAAUCUUGACUGAUGCUGCCCAUCUCCUUUCGGAUGUUGCAGCCUUUGCCAUAUCUUUGUUCUCCCUAUGGGCAGCUGGUUGGGAAGCGACACCUCAGCAGUCAUAUGGAUUUUUCCGUAUAGAGAUUCUUGGGGCAUUGGUUUCCAUUCAGCUUAUAUGGCUCCUCGCUGGCAUACUUGUCUACGAAGCUAUUAUGAGGCUCAUUAAUGAAAGCGGCGAGGUACAGGGCUCCCUCAUGUUUGCUGUAUCAGCUUUUGGUUUGUUUGUUAACAUCAUAAUGGCAGUGUUGCUUGGUCAUGACCAUGGGCACGGUGGACAUGGGCACAGCCAUGGUCAUGGCCAUGGACAUUCACAUGACCACGAUCACGGUAACUCAGAGGAUGACCAUUCCCAUCAUGGAGAUCAUGAGCAGGGCCAUGUACAUCACCAUGAGCACAGCCAUGGUACUUCUAUUACUGUUACAACUAAUCAUCACUCUCAUUCGAGCACUGGACAACAUCAGGAUGUUGAGCAACCAUUGCUUAAACAUGAUGGAGAUUGUGAGAGUGCCCAGCCUGGAGCCAAGCCUGCUAAGAAGCCUCGCCGUAACAUCAAUGUUCACAGUGCCUAUCUGCAUGUAAUUGGGGACUCCAUCCAGAGCAUCGGCGUAAUGAUUGGAGGGGCUCUCAUCUGGUACAAGCCGGAAUGGAAGAUUAUUGAUCUCAUAUGCACCCUCAUCUUCUCUGUGAUUGUACUAUUCACCACAAUCAAGAUGAUCCGGAACAUACUUGAGGUCCUUAUGGAGAGCACCCCCCGUGAGAUCGAUGCCACCAGGCUUGAGAGUGGUCUCCGUGAGAUGGAAGGUGUGAUUGCUGUCCAUGAGCUGCACAUCUGGGCUAUCACAGUGGGGAAGGUGCUCUUGGCAUGCCAUGUGACGAUCACGCAGGAUGCGGAUGCUGAUAAAAUGCUUGACAAGGUCAUUGGCUACAUCAAGGCAGAGUACAACAUCAGUCAUGUGACCAUUCAGAUUGAGCGAGAGUAAGGCACAUUUCAGGUAGUUGGGGAUAAAGGUGUGUGCCUGUUAACGGUCUAUCAUCUUAAUGCCGGUUAAUGUUAGACUUGCACUUGCAAAGGCGUUGCAGGUUCAUCUAGCUGUUGCCUUUGGUGCUGGAGAAAUAUUAUAUGUACGCGUUUUCGUUAGCCCAUUAGUUGAAUGAACUAUUAAUCGGGUGGUGUAGUCGUUUGUAUUCACAUGGAUGCAAUUUCCAGACAAUUUUUGAGCCCCUUGUGAGUUAUCAACCUGCAUGUGUAGUUUCAGCGACACCCUUCCUUAGCACUUUAUGUAAAGAUCUGCUAUGGUUAUGGGCAGUGGGUAUGGAUGUUAUCCAGUUUCUGUUCGCUUUAUUAAGUUGCCUCCAGCAGUUUUUA